UAAUAGUCAAUGACAAGAGGAACUGUUUUCAAAUGCAAAAGGAAGAAAUGUUCAGGAAAGCGAGAAGGCUAGCAAAUAUGACAUACAAUGUAAUUGAAAAGAGCUGUUCAAGAAUGUUAAAAGGAAAGACUUAUUGGAAAAAUGUUGCACUGCCAUCCAUCCUGUACGGGGUAAAUAUAAUAAACAUCACAAAGACAGACAUCAAAAAGUUGCAGAGGAUAGAGAAUGAGGUGUACAGGAAGAUUUUGAGGGCACCAAUGUAUGCACAGGAAGCAGCACUCAGGGGGGAGAUAGGAAGCUCCAGUGUUAAAAACAGGAUAAGGGAGGGACAGUGGAAGUACUUAAGGUAUGUUCUUGUGGAAGGAAACGAUUUGGUGAGAAGGGUGGGAGAGGAGAUGAUAGAGAAGAGACAAAGUAGGUGGGUGAAGGAUUUGUUGAAUGAACUGAGAGCAACUGAGGGACUGAGUGUGAGUGUGAGGAAUGAGACAAAGGAGAGUAUAAAGCAGAGAAUGAGAGAGCUGGAUACAAGAGAGUGGAAGAGGCAAAUGAAUGAGAAAGCGAGCCUUAAGAUAUAUAGAAAAUGGAGACAGGAGUUGGGAGGACAAGAGGAGGUAUACACCAACAACCAAGCCUCAGAAGUGCUAUUCAGAUGCAGGACAAACAACAUGCAACUAAAAGACAGAAACAGACACCGGCAAGAGGAAACCAAGUGUGACAUGUGUGAAGCUGAACACGAAGACCUGCGACACUUCCUGCUCUGGUGCCCGGCCUGUGCAGAGGAAAGAGCAAAGUGCGUGAGGCUGCAACAGCCUUACGAGGAAGAAGAGGACGACACCAUUGGAAAAUUUUUAUUUGAAAAUGAACACACCGAACAAACGAAAACAACAGUACACAAGUUUUGGACAAUAAGAGAAAAAAGAAUGAAAGAAAAAGGAAAAUAAUAGACCCAGACAGUAGACACAUCAGGGAGUGCCGUUACAAAGGCAAAACUCCCGACCGACUACUACUGCUACUAGUACUACUACUACUUGCCUCAAAACGAUUUUUGUCGCUGCCAUUACGUCUAGCGCCUGGCAGGUCUCAUAAUACGUCUUCCUUGUCCAUGGCCGAGGGGGAUACUUGGCGGUGAGGCCAGAGGUCAACAUUUCAACAAGAGUCACCCAGGGUGUGGGUGACCAGGGGUGAGCAGUGAUCUGACCACCCUCCCCUUGCCACAGGAACCCAAGGAGUAUGGCUUGAUCCUGCCCAUCAAGAACAAGGACAAGGUUGGGGGAGAGCUAGGCACGCGGAAACUCAACCCUCUGCUGGACUCAGAUGACGAGUUGGACCAGGAUGAAGAGUCCCCUCUUAACUGGGUGGAGGCAUCCCUCAAGCCGGGAACUCAGGUCAGCAGAGUCUACAGAAGCGGCUGCUGCGUGAAGCUCUGGAGGAGGACGCGUCAGUGUUCCAGCGUGACGAGGCGUACGACAGCAUGCAGGCCGCCAAGACGGGCUGCCGGGAAGCUAAGGACCCAGCCGCCAAGAAGGUGAGGAGCUAGUGUUGUUGUUUGCAUGCGUAGAGGAGUUUAGGUUCGCCAUGUUAUACCUCCAUAUUGUAACUCAUUUCCGAGUGCCUUCAUCCCUUCCUUUUCCUUUCAUUCCCUUUCAGAAUCCUUCCUUUCCCUUCCCUCCAUUCCCUUUCAAACUCCUUCCCAAGUGUCUCCAUUCCUUUCCUUAUCCUUCCAUUCCCUUUCAAACUCUUUCUCAUCCCUUUCCUCCCUUUCAAUCUCCUUCUCAAGUGUCUCCAUCCCUUCCCCUUCUUUCCAUUCCCUUUCAAACUCAUUCCCAAGUGUCUCCAUCCCUUCCCUUUCCUUCCAUUCCCUUUCAAAUUCCUUUCCUAUUCUCUUCAUCCAGUUCCUGCCCUUUCUGUCCUUCCUAAUGAGGAGAUUAUAUUGUGAGGAGAUGUGUCGUAGGAUUGUACAGGAUAGUGAUUAUUUGUUUGCGAUGUUAAGCAGGGAUGGAAAGCACUGCGUGUGGCAUGAUUUGGUGUUUCCGUGAAUUGCAGUAGAUUAUACCAUAGGAUGUGUUACUAGGAUUUGUGAGGAGAGCACAUAAUGGUUGUGAUGUAAGCAGAGAGAUACAAACCACUGCUUGUGGAAUGACGAGUGUUAUGAUUAUUGGCAACAAUUGAGCACAUGUCAUAGUAUUAUGUUUAAGACAUGUCGUUUGUCAUAUGUUGUAUCCAUUGUUGAAUAUGCCAGAGUGUUAUGAUCGUCUGACCAUAGAAUAUUGCAUAAGGCAAUUAUUUUCAUUUAAUCUUAAAUAAAUGUAUAUUUUCUUUU